AUGACAUGCGUAACAGUAUGUUUGGCGGGAACAUUGUUAGCAUACCGUGACGAAGCAGCUGAAGAUUUCUUCCAGCACGUUCUACGAAUUCCAAACCCAGAUAAAGUCCUGAAUACAAUCCUAGGCAGACUUGAAAGGAAUCACCAGAUGGCAGCUAGAUUCAAACAGCGUGAUAACGAAGAAGAUUGUGAUGAAUCCGAUAAGGUAAUUACACUGCCGGAAUACACAGAAUCACUACAAGGCUCACGUGAAAGGGAGAUGCGACAGCUUGGUGCUCAGAAACACUAUCCAAUAUGUCACUUGGAGAGGAAAAUCCAAAGACUGAACACCAAUGAGUUUGAGUACCGUCCCGCUUACUACGAAGAGAUAACGUGUACCACAUCUGUUGCUGAUGAAAUUGGCGUAUCUAAUGAGAUAUGCUCGAGUCUUGGAUUCUCGUGUGUACAGUGGAACAAAACUAUACACUUAACGAGGAGACGGUAUUCUAGUGACUGCUGGGAGACUCUGACUAUGGUGAUACCCGCUGGCUGCGAGUGCAUGUGGCCGGUGCAUAAGCUCGGCGACAUGUCGCUCCACGUGUAGCCUUCACGACCCCGCCAGCGACAAGCCAUUGUGAUAAAUGUUUUUAUUUCCUGUUAUUUGUAAUCAGUGAUUUAUGUUAAGUAAU